AUGAAAGGAGGAAAUAUUGAAGAAAUGUCAAGAGACGUGAAGAAACGCCAAAAAUCUUCAAGCGCAUUGUAUUGUCCACAAGUUACAAGGUUGAAAACACAUUUUGGUGAGAUUUCCUGGUUAAUUAAAAUUUGUAAUCAUUUUUUUUCAGAUUCGGAAUUUCGAAGAUUUCUGAAAUCAUUGAAAAGAACAACAGAUGCAUUGGAAUGUAAGUUUUUUUUUGAGUUGAUUAAAAUUUGAUGUUGUUUUUCAGGUAAUCAAAAUUCGGUUCUUCUAAACCUCGAAAAACAAAUACGUGGAUCAAAUAAGCGAACAAGCAAAUUGAAUUUAUUGUGUAAAUCAAUGCGUGAUUGGAAAUUAUUUUUCAGCGAGUUUAUUUCGAGGUAAGGGCCUGGAAAUCUGCUACUUCUGAAGGCAAAUUUUGAAUUAGAUUUAUUAAGUUACCUACUUUUCCCGCCCAAAGCCAAAUAUUUUUCAUAAUUGCUAUCAAUUAAUCAUAAUUAUUAAUCAGAUGUGAUGAUAUUAUUGGUGUUUUUCGAUUUGAUAAUAUUGAACCGGUUGAAAUUGCGAUGGAAAAAUUGAAUAUCUCACCAAGUUUGCGAAAUUAUAUUGAAGGAUGUUUGUUUGAAUGGCGGAAAUUGUUCAUUGAUAAAAAUUGGUAAGGUUUCGAAAAGAAAAUUGAGCCAGAAACUUCAUUUCAACCUCAAGAUCCCAUUUCAAAUUUUUUCAGGAUGUUCAAAUAUACAAAUUUGACAAAAUCAAAAAUCAACCUGGAAAAAGAAAUAUUAGAAUAUCGAGACAAGCGAACAACUUCAAUAUCGAUCUUAGACGAAUUUGGUUCGUUUCGAAAAAUCUAAUUUCUCCCUGAAAUUACAAUAUUCCACUUUUUCAGAGAAAUAUGAUGUUGAUAUCAACGAAAUGUUGCAAAUUCCCAAAGAAAAUCUCGAAAACUGGAUCAAAAACCGAAUAAAACAGGCGAAAAUUGAGAUGAAAAUUCGAGAAACGAGUAGUUUAUUAAACAGAUUGCCGAGUUCGUCGAGAAAAUUUAGCACACGAGAAUGGUGUAUGAAACAUUAUGGUAAUUUUUUGAAACGUGUAAUUUCCGCGAUUUUUGAAUGGGUUUUAAUAAAUACAGAAAUAUUUUCCGAAAAUAUUUUGAAACAUAAAAUGAGCAAAAAACUUGAUAUGAAUCAUUUUUCUGAAAAUAAUUUUGAAGUGAAAAAUAAUAUAAUUAUUUCAUCUUCUUUCACCAAUUCCUUUUUUUCCAGAUUCGAAUCUGCAACCAUUAUCAGAUGAUGAUUUUUCAAUCGAAGAACGAAGUUCGUUAUUCGGCGAAGGUGAUGAUUCUCCUUCAGAUAUUUCGACAUCAUCUUCCACAUCAGAAAAUCAGCAAAUUGAAUCCAUCGACUCAUUUUUUUCGUCAAAAGGAUUAUAAUUUUGCAUUUGAUUCUUGUAAAAUAGUUGAUGUACCAUACCAAUUUUGUUUUGUUUUGUUUUUCGUUGUUUUAUGUGCCAUAAAAAAUUUUCUUCAGUUUUUUUUAUUUUUUGAGUGUUUUAAAGUUUUUCUGAAUACUUGAAAUAUCUGCUUUUAAUCGGUUUUAACAGAAAAAUUGAAAUUGAAAAAAAAUUAAAUUAAAUUUAAAAAUAAUUAUGAUUUUUUGAGGCUUGAAAGAAUUUUCGACAGAAAAAUCUGACAAUGAAAUUCAAAUUUUUCUUGGGCUCACAAACCAGUUUUAAGACCAUUUAGGCCAAAUUUGAGCGAUUGUUGAGUUUUGGACAUACAUCAGUUUCUCCCGGUCAGGGUCUCAAAAUUAGCCACCCCCGGAAUGUGAAAAUACAGAAAUUAGCCAGACCCCCUCAGAAAAAAGAGAAAAAACUUGGUUUUCGGGGUGUAAAUUGUUAUUUUUUCAAAAAGUUAGCCGGUCCCCACCCCUUUUUUCCAAAGUUAGCCAGACCCCCUCCGGACGAAAAUCCGGGGAUACUGAUGUAUGGUUUUGGAUUAAAUUAGGUUAUUUUAACACUAAAUAUGGCCUGUUUUGGGCUUUGGAAAAUUUUUGACCGAAGUUUUGAACGCAACAAAAUUUGUAUAGCAUCAACAUUUUUUUUCAUUUCAAUUUUUCCAGCAAAAAAUCAACAAUGCUUGAUACAAAUUUGAAAGCAACUUCAAUAAUCGAAGGAGAAUUCGAAUCGGAAACAUGUAUGGAACAGGUUCGAUAUUUUCUUGAAUUCAAAAAUCAUAAUUAUUAUCAAUUUGUUUUCCAGAUAACUGAGUAUAACGAUGUUUCGGUUGCCCAUUUGAUAUUCUCGAAUUACACGUGGAAUAAUCAAAAUAUCUCACAAUUGAGCAAUUUUUAUCUGAGGCAUUUGGAUAUUUUAGCCAAGAUUCAAAAAGUUCAAGAUAAUUGUGAUUCGGAGGUAUUUGGGCGUAAUUUGAGGUAACUGUUUUUAUGGGGUGAUUGGGGUGGAAAAAAUGUUUCAAUCGAUUUAGUAAUUGUGAAAAAAUCAUACUUUUUCCAAUUAAAAGUGUUUCACAUAAGUUCUAUUUGCAGAAAAUUCGGCCUACGAUUUUUGCCAAUUUAUAGUCGAGCAAUCGAUAAAACGCAUUUAUCACCUGAUUCGAUUGCACGAGUUUAUCAUGAUCCACGAGAAUAUUUAGAGUAGGUCUUAUUGUUUUUCCUCUUUUAAAUUUGAAUAUUCUCUUUUUUAGCCAAGGCUCACCGGAUGCAGAUGAACUCGAUUCAUUCGUUCAGUCAGUUUUGAAAGCAUGUUUGGAGCCGAUUUUCGCAGCGCGGGAAAUUUCAAAUCUUCUCAAAACGAAAUUGGAAUUUUCGAAAAAAUUGAUUGCUGUUCAAUCGAAAAAUGUGGAUAUUGUUGAUGUUUCGAAUGUCACCAAUUUUGAGCCUGGUGAGAUUUUGAACAAAAAAAAUUGUUUGGAAAAUUUUUAGUGAAACCUUUUUAGAAAUUCUAAAAAUUUGGCAAAGAAAAACUUCUUACGAAAAUGCUUGAAUUUUCAGAAAUCAUAAAAAGUCUUCAAACAUCGCUGAAAAUGCGAGAUAUUUGUGGUUUAUCCUCUCAAAUCAAUCAAUCAAUAAUCCGUUUUAUUGUCACAUUUGCUCUCCAUAUUAUUCGAACUCAUCUUAUGUGUAAUUUUGGAAUUGAUAACGAAUUGAAAUUAUAUAAUCGAAAAAUGCGUUCAAUGGCGAUUGCUGAUUUGGCUGAAGCAAAGAAAUCUGCGAAACCAUCAGUGAAAUCGGAGAAAAUGGUGAAAUCGGAAAGAAAUCCAAGAGUGGAGAAGAGAUCUUUUGUCAAAAUGGAAUCACAAGUCGAACAGGAUGAUGAUGAUGAUUUUUGUGAAAUUAUUGAAGUAGAUGAAAUUCCGAAAAGAAAGGCGAAAGUGGAAAUGGUUGAUUUUGAUGAAAAACCGACGAUUUCGAAAAAACCAACGGCUCCAAGCACAUCAGGUUUGUAUUUUUUGUGAAAAAAUGAGCAAUUUUCAAGUUUUCUAGUCAAAAGUAAUUGAAUUUUCAAAGAUUUUGAGGGAUAAUUCUUUAAUUUUUAAUCAGAAUUUUUCAAAUAAUCAACCUUUUUUUGAAUAACAUUUGCGAUUUUUUUGUUGGCGAAAUUAUUAUUUCUUGUAAAUUUUUUUUUCAGACACAGGAAUUUGAUAAUUUCAUAAACAUUUUUAUUUAACCUGGUUCAAAAGUUCUUCAAAAUUCCAAUUUUCAGCACCACCCGUGACCCUUGAAAACGAAAAAAAGAUUCUCGAAAUGAUGGACGAGGAUCCGGAUUUACCCGAUUAUGUCAAAUGGAAUUUGAGAUUAAUUCUAGAGAACAAUCAAACAAUUCGAUCAGAAAUUUCCAAUUACCGAGGUCUCACAACGAUUUUUAUUAAUAAUCGAUUCAAAAAUCAGUAG